CCGCAGGCCGGCUGCGGCAGGCUCCCGCCAUGGCGCUGAGCAACCUGCUCUUCGCCCAGUGCGUCGGCUACUUCCUGGCCUUCCUCUGCAGCUUCGUGGUGGUGGUGCCGCUGUCCGAGAACAGCAGCGACUGCCACGGCCGCUGCCUGCUCUUCACCGAGGGCAUGUGGCUCAGCGCCAACCUGACGGCGGAGCAGCAGCGCUUCACCGUGCAGGAGUGGGGGCCCCCGGCCGCCUGCCGCUUCAGCCUCUUCGCCGGGCUGCUCUCCCUGCUGCUGGCCGCCGCGCAGGCCUGGCGGACGCUCUUCUUCCUCUGCAAGGGCCACGAGGACUCUUUCUUUUAUGCCUUCCUGAAUCUGCUGAUCAGCGUCUUUGUGGUUUUUGUCAUCUUUAUUGCUAGCACUAUAGUGAGCGUAGGAUUUAACAUGUGGUGUGAUGCUGUUACCGAAAAAGGAAGCAUGCCAAAUAGCUGUGAAGAACUACAGGAUAUAGAUCUUGAACUGAAUUUAGAAACCUCUGCCUUCUAUGAUCAGUUUGCUAUUGCACAGUUUGGUCUCUGGGCUGCCUGGCUGACUUGGCUGGGAAUUACCAUUUUGGCCUUCCUGAAGGUUUAUCACAACUACAGGCAGGAAGAUCUGCUAGACAGCCUGAUCCAUGAGAAGGAGCUGCUGCUAGGACGAUCCUCUUCACGAACCUUUUUGCAGGAUGAGAAAAGUGGCAUGAUCUAAUAUGUAAGCCACUCGACAGUGCAGGUUGUACAUUUUGUAAUUCAUUAUCACAAGCUGAAAUCAAGAGAAUUGGUGAGUGUGUGAAAUCAUUGCUUUCCUGAACUGAAAUUUAAUUUAGAAUUACGCAGUCCUGUAAUGAGAAAUUGUCAGAAGCCAUAUUUCUGUUAGGAUAUAGACAAUUAACUGUAUGAUACAGUAAACUUACUUUCCUGUACAUACUGGGAGCAGAACUAACUAUGCCUGUGUGUGAAGAUGGCUGUCACUAUCAGGGUUCUAGCAUGCUUUCCUGAUUAUUGAGGGAAGGAUGUUUUCUGAGAACUAUGGUAGCAAAACCUUGCUAAAGACCGCCCCUUUAAUAUAGUUUGUAGCAUGUUUUUAACAUUGUUUUAGCUAGCACUGUUCUGACCUACGUAUGGACAGGGCCUUUGCUACCCCAAAAUUUGGUGUAUACAUACAAAAUAUUGACAACAAUUUUGUAAUCCCUGCUCCCAUUUGAUUUGAUCACUUUAGAACAUAUGGAGCUAUGUACCUGACUAUAUACUUAAUGUUAGAUAGAGUGAAAUUCAUACAAUAACAGGUUAUUACAGCAUCUUAAAUGUACUGUAUAUUUUUGGAGGGAUCGUAGAGCCUGUUUAUGUUUCAUCUUAGACUUUGGCAUGGCAAGCGUUUAUUACUGCUUUGUAAAAUGUAGUCUAGCGGGCAGUAACUGCAGCUUGCAUAAUAAGAGAUUAAUCUUAAUAUAUUAUAUAAAUGCUUGUUCAUUCAUAUAUGUAAUUUGAUCCCUAGUACUAUAUACUAUUCAACUUCAAGUAUUAGAGUUUACUUGUGCUAUUUAUCUCAAACAGGAUAUGUUACAUUAUUAUAAAUAGCUGCAUAGUAGAUGUAUGAAUGUCUCUAUCAGUAUAGUAAACUGUAAAAACUGUUCAGUAAUCAUAUAGCUGGUUCUUUUAUGAACUGGGCUAUUUUCCCCCACAUUGGCCAGGGGCCUUUAAUAGCUGCUCCAAUACUCAGUAUUGCUACCCUGAAAAGGGAAAAGAGCCAUUUACUUUAUGAAGUCCACUAGGGACUUUGCUAUUGCUCUUGAUUUUACACAGAAAGUGCUCCGACGCUAGGAAAAUAGGUGAGAUUAUAAAACCCUACAAUAUCUCAAACAAUUAGGAACAUAGAUAACUCAAAGGGCAGUGGAAUUAUUACGCUUAAGAAUGAAUGCCUUGUUAGUAUAUAGAGAGACAAGAUGGACGAGGUAAAAUCUUUUAUUGGACCAACUUCUGUGGGUGAAGAGACAAGCUUUUGAGCUUACACAGAGCUCUUCUUCGGGUCUGAAAAAGUCUGAAGAAGAGCUCUGUGUAAGCUUGAAAGCUUGUCUCUCUCUCUUACCCACCUUGUCUCUCUAGUAUCCUGAGACCAGCAUAGCUACAAUAGCACUGAAAACAACAAUUGCUAGUAUAUUGGACUAUAGUCAUCAGGUACAAUAGAAAUCUGAGGCCCUAGUUUAGCAUAGUGCUUAAGCAAAUGCUUAAUUUUAAGCAUAUGACUAAUCCCACUGAUUUCUGAAAACUGCUGAAUCAGUCUGAAGGCACAAAAAUUACCCAGAGUUACAGUAGUUCUGUUGCACAGAUUUUGCUGUGUUUUAUAUAUGGACUAAUGGCCAAACUGUUCCCAUAUGUGGGAAAAACCUAUGUAGGGGAUGUGAAACUCUGUGAAUUGUUCAAUCAGGAGAGCUGGCUCUUGGAACCUGCACAUCAUAGAGUUCCAGACGAUUUCCAGAGACCAGAUCUGUCUGCAAAGUGUUUCUGGAAACAAGGUCCAUCUACAUAGAGGCCCUGUUUACGUGCACUGGUUCCUACCCACAACAGAGCAAAAUUCAUGCAAGAGCCAUACUGCCAUGGCAUUCUCCGGCUGUGACUUCACAUCAGGAGAGGGUUUUAAGAAGAUGGAGAUGGAGACCAAGUUAGUUAAUGCCAGUUUAAGAUUCAGAAUUAAGGUCCCCAUCCAGCAAGUUACUUAAGCACAUGCCUAAUUUUGAACAUGUGAUAAUAUCACUGACUUCCACGGUGCUAUUCACAUGCUCAAAGUUAACUUAAGUAAUUUGCUACUUGCUGUUGACGUAGAAAGUGGAUGUCUGCCCAUCACUCCCCAUCCUAGGCAACAGAGACUGUCCUGUUGGAAAUGCUUCCACUGGUUCUGGAGAAGAGUUUGAUAUUGUGAAGAUGAGGCUGUCCUUCCCUCUGCUUUCACACUGCCUGCCUGUCUUGCUGUAAUCCACUGACCCCCCAAAAAGAAGGGAAUAUUUGGCCCAAAGUUUCUAGUCUGUUUGGUUUUGCAGAUAACUUUUAUUCUAGGAAUUAAAGCCCUUUCACUAUCUUGUUCUUCAGCUCAAUAGACUAAAUCUGGGAUUUUCAGAAGAGACUGAGGGAGUCUGGAACCCAAUAGGAGUUGGGCACCUAAAUCCCUUAAAUUCCUUUGAAAAUCCCAUCCCAAAUUAAUAUAAUACAAACAGGUGAGAUAAUGUCUCAUAAGAACAUGAGAACGGCUGUACCGGGUCAGACCAAAGGUCCAUCUAGCCCAGUAUCUGUCUACCAACAGUGGCCAAUGCCAGGUGCCCCAGAGGGAGUGAACCUAACAGGCAAUGAUCAAGUGAUCUCUCUCCUGCCAUCCAUCUCCAUCCUCUGACGAACAGAGGACUCUAUUCAUCUGAAGCAUCCUAUCUUCAAAACUUAGUUUUUGGUACAUAAUUUCUCCAGAGUCUUAUUCUGCCCUCAGUUGCCUGUUGACAAGAGUUCAUUGAGUGCAAUAAAAGACAGAAUUUGGCUCCUAAACUUUUAAACUAACUUGUUAAUGUGAAAAAAUUCAGAAGACUGCUCUGGAGCCAGCAGGCAAAGAGUUAAUUCACUUGUAAACUACUCUGGUUCCCACACUGGACCAGGUGGAAUGAGUUGAGGUAUCUAGUUAGGAUGUUUCAUUAGGGGCUUAAAGGCAAGGACCUUUUCAAGUAAAGUUCCCUAGUAAUUAGAAGGAAGAGGACAGAGAUAGCAGCUAUGAAGCUAGUUUAGGAGAAGGCAACCUUCUGUGCUAGAUUGUCAGGAGUAGUUUAGUUUUAACCUAGCUGGGCCUUUUUGUUUGAGUACAGUUUUACUCUAGUUUUCAGUCUGUGAGAAAGCUCUCUGCCAGCUCAUAUUCUAAAGCUGAAACAGCCAGGCCAAAAUACUUGUACUGAAGUGAGGGUUAGGGCAGAAAAUAUGGCCAGGGAUGAGAAUGUGAACUUGUUCUUUUAUAUUUUGCAACAUACAAGUUAGACUCUUUCUAGCUGUAAAUUACCAGGGGAUUGUGGAGUUAGAUGCAGUUAUUUAUGCAUCACCAUUCUGUGACCUUUCAAACUCUUCUUUAAUUUGCAUCCUCCAAAACCAUACCUGAGACCCUAGUAAUUUAACAAGGUUGUGCAUUUAAUGUAACAAAACUCAGCUCUUUUUAGGAUUGUAAGGGGGAAGUGUUUAAUUUGCUAAUGGGCAUACUGAUGUUUAAAUCAGACUCAGAAGACCACCUCUCUGGCCUACAUAAAAUGGCUGAUAGUAACAAAGGUAGAGUUUACAUGGUGCCUUACUUAUUAAAAUGCAAAUAGAUGCUGUUCUGUUGAAUUGCUACAACACCAACAAGGUAUUGACACACAAGUAACCUGCUAUGUGAGAUACAUUUCAGAUGCCCUUUUCCUGUUAGCAAAACCACUUGGAUUAAGGAGUUAUGGCCAUUGCUGACAGAGGACGUAGUGCUAGAAAAACCUGAUCCAGCUGAGAAACUGUAAAAAUCUGGUUUUGUUUUAAAACCAAAACUUUUUUUUUAAAGAGAACUCAAGUAAAACAAUAGUUUGGAGCAAAGUGUUUUUAAAAUGGCAGAAAAGCUUGUAAAGUCCUGUCCCUUAAAUAUUCAAAGCAUCAUACAGUGUUUGAUCCCUGAAUCUCCCACAGGCAUCACAUAGGUAAAACUCUGCAGCUUUGCUUUGGGAAUUUAGGAGAUUGUGCUUGUUGAUGCUGCUGCUGCUGCUGAGAGAAAUAUGUACUAUAACAAACGAAAACUCAGAUAAGCAUGGUUUGUUGAUGGUGUUCAGUAUUAGAGAGGCAGGGUGUGUGUGUACACACAGGUAUGCUAUGUUAAAGGGGUUGUUAGGAUAUUUAUUAAACCAUGAUUUUGAUGUAAAAUCCCCCGUAGACAGUCAGAGAAUGUCAGAAUAGCUUAAAUUUCUACACUGUGUUUUUUUUUCUCUUCUUUUUUUCCCUUUCUUUCUUAUCUGCAUGAUGCCACUUAGGAUAUGGAUACCUCUAUGUGUUAUCAAACAAUUUCACUGUUAGGAAGUAGUAAUCAGUCACACUGUCUCUCAAGGUUUAUCCUCACUUACACAGAGUAUUAGGGAUUACUGUUUAUACUUUGUAUAAUCUUCAGCAAGACAGCAUAGUUAGAUGAAGGUAGAAUGAAAUACAUUGCAAUCCUACAUGACUGGAGGAUGAUAUUCCCUUUUAACAAAGUUUCUAAUGUAACAUAAAUGUGCAUUGACUCUUUGAUGCAUAUUAACUCUUUGAUGGAAGUAUUAGUGUUAAUUAGGACAUAGUAAUUAAUGCUUAUUCAAAUAGGUGACAAAUACCUUAAAGUAUAUUUUCUUAAAAGCCUUAAUCCUUCAAUUGUCAAAACUGAUUCUUCUUCUGCAACAGCCUAGCAAAUGAUGUAAGAUCCAAAGCAAUUAGCAUGUUUAAAAAAAACAAAAAAACCCCAAUGAUCCACUGAUUGGAGAAGAAAAGUAAAUGUAAGGAAGGGAAGAAGAAAUGUAUAUAAACUGCAGUUACACACUAGAAGGACUGUAGAAGGGAAAAUUCAUUUUAAAACCUAUUGGUUUUAUUCAAUUAGAUGAGAGAAUCAGAAGCCAGAUCCCCAGCUGGUGUAGAUUAGUGUUGCUCCAUUGAAGUCAAUAGAGCUAUGUUGAUUUACACCAGCUGAGAAUCUGACAACUUAUAUUUAAAAGAAGUUGAACACUUGUUUCCCCCUUCAGAGCCAGAGAUGCAAAUAUCUGGUUAAAUUGACAAGGGCUUUGGUACUAAGUUACUGAAAUGGAUGACAAAGCUGGUCAGUCUCUGGUGGCCAAUUUUAUGGUCUCUGGGAUAUCGGGACCUUUCUGAAUGUAUUUGUUUUUCUUAGCAAGAGUACUCAUUUAGAGCCUGAUCCAAAACUCUCAGAAAUCUACUGGAGUGUUUUUACUGCCUUUGUUGGGCUUUGGAUCAGAGCCUGAUCCUACAAUCUAGGUGCACUCAAAACUCUCAUUGAUAGCAGAAAGAUAAUUGAGUGCACAAGGAGGGCAGAAUUGGACUCUUAGUUACACUGAGCCUCUAUUGAAUUUCUAGUCACUGAACUUCUUGCUUCUUUAUACAGAUUUACUAUACUCAUUUCCCAGUGCUGCUGCUAGCAGUUAGCCUCUACUGAUUUUUGAGAUGAAAGAAAUCAAUGACAGACUGAGAUUGUGUGAAAUAUUGAUUUUCUGCAUUGUCUUUAAACACAUCAAUCCACAUAACAGUUUUGUAAACUACAGUUUAAAAUGAGAAACCUCCAUACCAGAAUGAUCUGCAGACUAUUUAAUACAAAGCACGUGCAUUUUGGUGUGUAUGUGUUAUGCUGUAUACAAACAUCUUGUUUAUAAUUCCUCUCUUCCAAUGUUUGCAUCCCAAACAUUCUAUGUAAAUUACUCAUAGCUGCUUGAAUGGGGUCUCCUUUAUGUAUAACAUGAGACAAUUUGGCUGAUCAUACAAAUGGGUCAGAAUUACAUUCUCUUAUGAAGAUUUAGUUUGGGGUUUGAUUAAACUUUUGUCUCUACUGCCAAAUCAGAGCCCUGGAAGUGAACACCCUUGAACUCAGAGGAACGUUUAUAUUAGGAUGAAGAUCUGAAAUCUGCAGCUAGGGCUGCCCAAUCACUAAUCUUUGCUAAUGGAAAUGUUCUAUUUAGUCUAAAUAGGCUGUUUGUUCUGCAUGCAAAAACCCUAGAGACUGCAGUGCCCUUUUUAAAGUUUGUCCUAAGAGGAAUACCAGUUCAUGCACAUUCAGUUUCUACUUUGCACACAAUGAGAAAAGGCACAUGUACCUAACAGUGUUGGAAAUCUUGUUUUAAAAUGAUUUUAUCCCUGAUUUCCUCAAGGCCAAAAUGCAUUGCAUUCCCAUUCUUUUCCUCCUUUAGAAAAAGUAAAUUUCUGCAUCAUAUUUCAGCCUUCACAGACAGACACACAGCUCAUAAACAUUUGUUUUGUUUUUGUUUUUGUUUUAGAGUGACCAAACCCUGAUAUGAUCAAAAUAAUUUAACUCUUUAUGGAGAAGGACAACCUUCUGAUUUAUUCAAGCACAAAAGGAUCAAGCAAUCAUUUCAGUCAUUCAAAAACCCUAAUCAUGGUGUCUGAAAUGCAUAAACUGCAAUGUACAUUCACCUAAUUUAUUGCACAAUGUAUGUAUUGCAAUGUAGCCAUAAAGCUGGCUGAGUGAUAAUGCCUCUUUUAUCAGUGUUGCAAGUGGAAUCCAUUUCUUACUGGUAUGGGGCGGGGGGGCACCUGACCUUCUCACAUGACUCCUCCCUGUCCUGCCCCCAGUCUGGGGCCCCCAUGCUCUCCCCAUCUCCUCCCCAUGAUCCACCCCCCUUACCUAGGGGAGGGACAUUGCCCUCCUCCCAUUGUGCAGGAGAAGCAGAUGGUGGAGCCGCCCAGUGGCACCAUGCCCACAGCUCCUCCGGUGCGGCUGUACUGCCCUAACCCUUCCAUGCAGGGUCUCCUCCAUCUGUACAGCAGCCAGCCCCGCUGGAGGACAGGACUUGGGUGGGCGGGCUUGGGGUACAGCAGCUGCUUUGGAGGAGGUACUGGUGUGGGGCUGCCCUGUGGCCCCAUGUUCUGCUCCUUUCCCCACUGCAGUUCCCAGGAGAGCCUGGCAAUUCAGGGCUCUCCCAGGAACUGCAGUGGGGAAAGGAGCAGAAUGAUGGCAACUCAUCUGUUGGCUGUACUGCCCCCAGCCCUGCCCCCCACAGCCCUCUCCUCCAGCAUGGCCGCUACUGGGAGCUGGAGGACACGCAGUUCCAUGGAAGUGCGGGGGGUUGGGGGUGGGGGGUUUGCUUCUUUCCCCGCUGUGGUUCGUGGGAGAGCCCUGAACUGCAGGGGUCUCCCGGGAAUUGCAGAGGGGAAAGAAGGAGCAGAAUGUGGGGCCACCAGGCAGCCCCACACCAGCAGCUCCUCUGGCACAGCUGUACUGCCCCCAGCCCUGUCCUCCGUCGUUGCCGCUCUACAGACGGAGGAGACCCUGCGUGGAAGGGCUGGGGGCAGCUGCAGGCGUGGGGCCGCUGCACGUUCUGUUCCUCCUCUGUCCGGUACAUGGUACCAGCUAUAAAUAUCUUGCCAGUACAGCGUACCACAUCGGGCCGCCCUGCUUGCACUGCUGCUCUUCAUUCUAAUAUUGGGAGAAAUAUUUGUACAAUAGUGCUUUCUCAUGGAAUUCUGUUAAAUGAAGCUCUUGAGUAUCUUGUCUGGACAAAAGAUUGUGUUUCGAGUGAUAUUGCAUUAGUGUGAAUGUAAAUACCCCAACUCUUAAAUAUUUCUACCUCUAAUAGCUACUACAACUGUUUCAAGUAUCAUGGCUCCAAUUUUCAAAAAGAUCAGUCUAAGUCCUAUUAUCCAAGAUGACUUAAGCACUUAGAAAUUAAAUUUCAUUGACAUCCAGUGAAACUUUGGCUCUUAAGCCAAAGUCACUUUUGAAAAUGAGGCCUAUGCUCCUAAUUCACUUAGGAUUUUUGAAUAUUUCUACAGUUCUUUCAUGAAAGCCCCAAAGCUGUUCCUAUUGAAGUUAAUUGUAAAAAGCACAUUCAUAGAUCCAUUGGGGCCAAAUUCUCUGCUGGCAUACCUCCAAUGAAGUCAAAGGAGUUAGGCUAGUGGAAUAGUUGACCCAUCUAUUUUGGCUUUGUCUACACUAUGAGGUAGGUUUCAGAGUAGCAGCCGUGUUAGUCUGUAUCCGUAAAAAGAGCAGGAGUACUUGUGGCACCUUAGAGACUGACAAAUUUAUUUGAGCAUAAGCUUUCGUGGGCUACAGCCCACUUCAUCGGAUGCAUAGACAAUAAAGGGGGCUGUAGCCCACGGAAGCUUAUGCUCAAAUACAUUUGUUAGUCUCUAAGGUGCUACAAGUACUCCUGUUCUUUUUAUUAUGCGCUAGGGGUCUGAUUUCUCUGCUUGUGUACACAUACUCACAUUAGCCCUCAUUGAGCUAGCAAGAGUAUUUAGUGUAGCUACAGUAGCAUGGGUAGCAACAGCGGAGGCUGGGUAUGUACUUGGCAUGUCUAAGCCAUGCCUGUGCUGCCACUACUGCUACCUGUACUACCAUGGCUACACUACUAUUAAUAUGCUCACUAGCUCAAUGAGCAGGGGAGCCACACCCCUAUCUUGUAGUGUAAACCUAGCCUUAAAGGUUCAUCGAACAUGACCUCCUUCAUCACAAAGUCCGUAGAAUUUCACCCUGUAAUUCCUGCAGGGGAAUCAAUUAUUCUUCCCUACUAUGUACAUGAACCCUAUUAAGUCCAAUAACUUGUACACGACCUAGAGCAUAUCUUUUAGGAAGAUAUCUGGACCUGAUUUAAAGACUCCAACUGAUGAUGAAUUAGCCACUUCCCUUGGUAAAGUGUUCCAAUGGUUUUAACACUCACCGUUAAACACUGACUUCCCUGGUGCACGAUCAAGCCCCUCAGAGCUGAAUAUACUCUUUUUGUUAUACCAUGGUCAUCAAAAUCCUCUUGCAAAUGACUUUGAACAGCCCCUGCUGAAUAGCAUCCCUAUGGGGAGAAAAGACUGCAAUGGAGCUCAUAACCACUGCAGAAUGAUGGUAUUGCAAAGGAAACCCAUUUAAAUAGGGCAGUAAAACAAAAAGGGUUUGGCAGUUGAUCCUGAGGAUACCUCAUGGGUGUUAGGCUGCAAAGAAGAUUUGGCUCUACUGCAAUCUAAUUGAUGUUACCCUAAUCAGUGAACCAAACUUUUACUCUGUUUCCCAACUGAAACUGUGCAAUUUAGAAAUCGAUAGUAUGAUCUACAGCACAGGGCUAAAAGGUUUCUGCAGGUUUAUAAAAAAAAAAAUAAGGAAAACAAUACCACUGACAUCUAUUCUCUCUGGCUCAUUUCAUCCUCAAGAUAUCCCUGCAAACUUUAGAGUGCAAAACAGAUCAUAAAGAGUUGUACUAACAUUGUAGAACCACUCAAUCCUUAUUCCUUUGUGUCUAUAUGAGACAGGACCUGCUCAUGGGAACUGGAAAAUGCACCAUCCACAUAAAUCAGAAUGCAAGUGAAUAGCAAAGGAAGUCGUUAAUGUAUUUCACACGAGGAAUUUAAACAUUCAUGUGCAAAGCAUGAAGGUCCCAGUUCUUCAGUCCCUAAGUAGCCAAAACUAGCAGUCACUUUAGUCUUAGCAUUGCCCAUAUAGUCAGUGUUGGUGAUAGCUUUACAUGCAGCAGGUGAAACAUGUCUUUUUGAGAAAUGUGCUGAUCUACUCUCAGCUUUUGUGGAGCUUUAACUAUAUCAGUAUGACCCCCUAUUAUAGACACAGUUAUACUGGUGUAAAAGUGCUUAGGUCGAUAUAACGCUCAAUUUUUUCCCUGAGUUAGCAAACUGAAAUAUCUCUGACUCUGAAAGCUGUGCCUUUAAUUUUGGCAUUUCAAAGUAUAAGAAAUCAUGUACAACUGGGCCUUUUCCCUUAUAGCCUGUGAUUUGUGAGGUAAAACAGAGUGAGUGUUCUAAAAUUUGCCAUUAUUUAAAGGAGAACAUUUACAAGGUCAUUGUAGAUUUAAAGCGUGUCUUUAGUAUGUUACUGCCUGCAGAGAUUGAAAGUGUACCUUUACUGCUUGUUUAAUGCAAAGCCUGAAUGCAUCUGAACUUCUUCUAGAUAGAUGUCCUGUAAUUUACAUAUUUGUGAACGACUGUCUCUUCUUUUCUUGUAUCCACUUGGAAAAAGCUUUGUGAGAGCCUAGAUGAACAUUUUUUUUUCCUGCUAAAGAGGUCUGUGCAAUUGCUUCUUUGGGACACAAUUUUAACAGUUUUCAUAGUUCUUUUAAUCUCUAAAACCAAGAGUUGGCCAGAUCCUUAACUGGGGUAUGUGGCGUAGAUCCAUUUACAUCACUGGAGCUAUGCCUGUUUACACCGACUGAGGAUAUGGCCCAAUGUAUUUUAAAUAUUAGCACUCAUGCAUUAUGCUAUCUAUUGCUGUGUUUAUUAACUGCUGAUUUGGGGGAUAAACUGCAUGCAAUUUCACAGAACCGCAGAGUCUGAAUAAUGUUUAUUGUUGUUUUUAUACAGUAGUGAAAGGGAUGCAGUUUACUUGUGGAAAAUCAGUUACUAGCAUUUUAAUAGAAUACUUUGUAAACAUUUGGCAAAAUGGAAAUAAUGAGCCUGAUCCUUCUGCCAGUGAAACCACUGGCAAAAUUUGCACUGGCUUUGAGGGGAGCAGGAUUGGGGUCAGUGUAACUAAUGUGCCCUAGUAUUAUUGUUACUGAAUGAAUGUGUUUUUAUAUUGAAUGCUUUUUGCUGGACAGUGCAUUGCGCUUUUAUGAUUUAGUGCUAUACACAAAUAAAUUAUUUGAAAAUUCA